AUGAAACCAGUAAUUAAGUUUAUAUGCCUUUGGAUACUGACGUGGCUUGAAGUUGCAAAUGGACAAAGCGUAGACAUAGUUUGCAGUUACAUUUUCAUUGGAUCGCAGUAUAUGUGCAGUUUUUAUGGAUUGGAAGUUCCAAACAACGAGCAAUACCAUGUUACGAUAAGUGGAGAUCAUAUGCAUGGAUUUAGCGAUUAUAAUGUUCAAAGACUUCAAGUGUGGAGCUCAAACGUGUCAUUUGUUUUGCCUCAAUUUUUCACAAAAUUCCCAAAUGUUGAAGUUUUUGAUAUCAGAAGCAGUGGACUGGAAAGAAUUCAAUCAAAUGCGUUUAUGAACGCUGGAAAUCUUAGGAUUGUGUCAAUGAUUGACGAUUUAGAAUUCAUUGCGAUUUACCCAAACGCUUUUUUGGGAGCAACGAAACUUGAGACAAUAUCUUUGAAUGACAAUAACAUUCAGUUUAUACAUGAGUCAGCCUUCAACGGUCUGACAUCAUUGAAGUUCCUGUAUUUGCAGAAUAACAAGAUAAGUUAUCUUCCAACAAAUGUUUUCAGUAGUUUGAUAUCUCUCGAUACACUUGAUCUAAGCAGAAACUUUUUAACAACACUUGAUGAGAGAUUAUUAUCGAACAAUUUUAGAUUGUUCACUUUGAGUAUCGAAUCAAAUCAAAUUAGCUCGAUUGGAAGAAACUUUUUCAGUAAUUUGUUUGAAUUACUUUUCUUGAAUCUUUCUGGAAAUGAAUGUGUUAACGAUAGUUGGGUUGUUGAUGUUGCUUCUUCAAAUGAAAUUCGUCAAAGUUUAUUUCCAUGUUACAAUUAUCCAAAGACAAGCUUCCAUGGCUAUAAUCACGAGAUUUAUUCUUAA